AUGGGUGUGACGGGUCUCUGGACCGUGGUAGCACCAACGGCGCGACCGACACAACUUGCCUCCCUAAACCGUAAACGCCUCGCUGUCGAUGCGUCAAUAUGGAUCUAUCAAUUUCUCAAGGCGGUCCGUGACAAGGAAGGAAAUGCACUGCGGAACAGUCAUGUGGUGGGAUUCUUCAGGAGAAUAUGCAAGCUGCUCUAUUAUGGCAUUAAACCAGUGUUUGUGUUCGAUGGAGGGGCGCCAGUACUAAAGCGCGAGACUAUCAGAAAAAGAGCACGACGUCGAGAGGGACGACGGGAGGAUGCGGCACGUACAGCGGGAAAGUUACUUGCGUUGCAGGUUGCAAGGGCUGCAGAAGAGGAAGAGAAACGGAGACGCGCCGCGAAAGAACGUACACCUGUGGAGGAGGAGCUGCCCCCAGAUCAGGAGCUCGUUUAUGUGGAAGAGAUAGGCAUGACACAGAAGGAAAUGCAAGCCGGUAGAGGGUUUAGAAAAAAGGACCAGUAUCAUCUGCCCGACCUCGACGUCAGUCUUGAGAAUAUGGGCGCCCCCAAUGACCCGAGAAUAAUGUCUCAGGCAGAACUCGAGGAGUAUGCUCGGCAGUUCCAUAGUGGAGAAGACAUCAAUCUCUACGAUUUCAGCAAGAUUGACUUCGAAAGUCCCUUCUUCUUAUCCCUUCCGGCAGGCGAUCGCUACAACAUCCUCAAUGCUGCCAGGCUGCGCUCGAGGCUCCGAAUGGGCUAUUCUAAGGAACAACUUGAUGGAAUGUUCCCGGACCGAAUGGCGUUCUCGAAAUUUCAGAUUGAGAGGGUCAAGGAAAGAAACGAGCUUACCCAAAGACUCAUGCAUAUAAAUGGUAUGGCAGAAGACUUCUUGAAUCAGGGUGGUAGGAUCGCAGGGGAGAAAGGGAAGGAAUACAUUCUUGUGAAGAACGAAGGUGUCGACGGUGGUUGGGCUCUAGGUGUUGUUUCGAACAAGCACGGCAGUCGAAAAGAAAAUGCCAUCGACCUAGAAGACGACGAGAACUCCGUGGAUCCGAGUGCCGAGUCGGCUGAAGAAGAAGAAGAGUUCGAAGAUGUCGCUAUCGAAGGUUUGAACCGGGUACCUACAGCAUGGCAACGCAAACGAAGGGCUCCAGAUCACGACCAGUCAAACGAAGAUGCUGUCGAUCAGAUUGCAAAAAAGCGGAAACAAGUAUACGAGGCCCGGAGAGCAACUGCCAGUGUUCCCCAGUCACGACCAACUGGCGUGUCCAAGACCGUCAAUACUGAUAGCCAUGAUCAGACCCUCUUUGUGCCAGAAGAUAGGGCGAGCGAUGACGACGACGAUAUUGACGCACUGUUUGAAGAUGUUCUCCCCUUAGGGCUUACCGAAGAAGAUGACGAGCUGCAACGAGCUAUUGCAAUGUCUUUGGAGCAGCCUUCGGAUGGUGUUAGUGUCGAGGGAGGUGUUAUGGCAAGCGAAGCACCAGCUAAAGAGGUCGACCAGGAUGAUGGCUUUGAUUUACAGGCGGCCCUGGCGGAGUCCAGACAGUCAAAACACAAAGUGAGGACCAACUUCCGGGACAGAGACGUGCCGCCGAAACCCGUUGCAGAAUUGCCAAAAUUUGACGGGCCCCUUCCCUUCGAGUCAUUGAAUCUAGGGCAAUCCCUCCUUGGGAAGAAGAAGUCCAAAAAGAUCGAAGAAGACUUGUCAGGAGGAUUUGAUCGAGAUCUUGGUGAUGAUACCUUUCGCAAGGAGAGACCGCCUCAAUCAAUGCCUUCCUGGUUCAAUGCUGCCCCGAGCACCAAAGAUCUCAAGCAUCUUACCGAGAAUGAGGAGGCAGAGGAAGCAGAUAGCCAACUAUCAGGACGAGGAGAAGCAGCUACGAGAGACACCAUUCGCCGAAACUCGGAUGAAGUGAUUGACCUGGAAGCCGAAGACGAGAAAGGCGAUCCGAACAAAUCCAGUUACCUAGACCAGCAAACGGAAGUCGAAGACAUUGUCCCUUCCCAGGAUGCAGACAAUGAACCAGCGGAGCCAAGUCAAGUAGAGACCAUCGAUGUGGACGCUGCUGAUGGAAACGCGGAAUUCGAGCGCCGUAAACGCGACGAAGACCGCGAGAAACGUUACGAGCUUGCACGACAGAUUGCAGCCGAAAAUGAAGGCGAAGAGGUUUUGAUGGGGGCUGUGGCGGAGAAAGCUCAGGCCGAGCCCCCCAUGCCUUCCACUAUGCCUGAUUAUGUUCCCGAGCCGCCUCAACCGAAUCCCGUUCCUACAGCGGCUGCGGAGAGUGAUCUUGACGAUGUGGAAUGGAGUGACUCUGAUCAAGAACAACCGGACAGUCCUGGGUCACUGGGCACCGUAGAGGAGGAUGGUCUGCAAGCUCCUGCCUCUAAAGAAUCUCAUUUCCAGGAAUCUCCUCUUCAGCGAACUGCGCCGUCUGCUGAGCAGGAUGACGAUGAAGGUGAAGCCUUUGUAGACGUUGACAUGGAACCUCCGGUCGGACCACCUCAGGAGUCGUCCACAGCCGUGGUUGAAGAUUUAUCAAGGCCCACUGUGGCCGACGACUUUGUGUCAGAGCAAAAUGGCAAUCAACCCGAGGUGCAACCCGCCGAAGAGGAAUUUGACUACCUGUCCGAGUCUGAAGAAGAACUUAUGCGUCAGCUUGCGGUCGAAGCCGAGGAACACGCCCGUUUCACCUCUUCGCUCAACAACCAGAAGACCUCUGCCCAAGCCGUCCACGACUACGAGAACGAACUCAAACAGCUGCGUAACCAACAGAAGAAGGACCGCCGUGAUGCCGACGAGGUUACUCAAGUCAUGGUGCAAGAAUGCCAGGCUCUUCUACGGCUGUUCGGAUUGCCCUAUAUCACGGCACCAAUGGAAGCUGAAGCCCAAUGCGCGGAACUGGUGCAUUUGGGUCUAGUGGAUGGUAUUGUGACAGACGACUCGGACAUAUUCUUGUUCGGCGGAACGCGUAUCUACAAGAAUAUGUUCAAUGCAGCCAAGUUUGUCGAAUGCUAUCUAGCGUCAGAAUUGGAGAAGGAGUUCCUUCUUGAUCGUCGCCGCUUGAUCAGUUUCGCCCAUCUACUCGGGAGCGAUUAUACUGAAGGCAUACCGGGCAUUGGACCGGUCACGGCGCUGGAGAUCCUCACUGAUUUCGAGAAUCUCGACGAAUUCAAGGAGUGGUGUGAGAAAGUGCAGCUCGGCCGACCGCAGGAUCUGGAAGACCAGCUCACAACCCCGUUCCGGCGCAAAUUCCGAAAGACGGUUCAGAAGCGACUCUUCCUUCCUCCUGGGUUCCCAGACAAAAGAGUCGACGAAGCUUAUCUCCAUCCCGAAGUGGAUUCAACCCCAGAGCCGUUCCAGUGGGGUGUGCCCGAUCUGGAUAAGCUUAGAGGUUUCCUUAUGGCUACUAUUGGUUGGUCGCAGGAACGAACGGACGAGGUUCUGGUCCCUGUUAUUCGCGAUAUGAACAAGCGUGAAACGGAGGGCACUCAAAGCAAUAUUACUAGGUUCUUCGGCGGUGGCGUUGGCGUUGGCGCUGCUCCUGCUGGACGAGCAAUUGGCGGCGCGGCCCAGGGUCAGAAUCAACCUGCCCGCGGAGGGCUCGCGGUUGGCGGUGAGGGGGCAGGGAACCCGGAGGCCAUGGCGCCUAGAAAUCGGACUGGUAAGGAAUCGGGACGGAUGAAAAAUGCGUUUAAACGACUUAGAGGGGAGGCUGAGAAGAAAAGGAGACGUAAGGACUUUGAUGAUGAUGCUGAUACUGGAGAGGAUGUGGCGGAGGGAGGUGAAGAAGGGGCAGAAGGACAUGGGGAGCUUGAUGAGCCGGUCGGGGUCUCUGGGACUGGAAGUGCAAAUGGCAAGGAUACCACGGCCACAGUCACCGCUGGGCAUGAUGGCACUGAGGAUGGCGAUGACGAACUUGCUCCCUCGGAACGUCAAGCAAAGUCGAAAAAGAAAGAGACGAGGACUAGGACAAGGACCCGACGGAAUAGAUAA